UAACUAUACUUUUUAAUUUCAACAAUGUGCAAUAAGGCUAUCUAUCUCUCGUAACUAUACUUUAAAAACUCAACAAUGUGCAAUAAGGCUAUCUAUCCCUCAAAUUCUUUGCAUUAAGCCACCAACAAACUAUACAACAGAACUAUAUAAAAGCUGUUAAAACUCACCAACUUUCCAUUUGGUAAUUACAGUAUGGGAUGAGAUUUCACUUCAUGAUGAUAAUAGCUUUUGAUGCUUCGAUUAUUAUGUCUGAACAAAAUAGUCAAUACAUAUUCAUUUUUGAGUAAUUAGACAAUGACAGUAGAUUCAAAGAGGACGGAUCCCUCUCGCUCUUGUAGUAAAACUUGAAGUUUUAAUGAGUGAAAAUUGUGUUCCAAAAAUAAAAAAGAAUAACAAUAGAUGUUUUGUUGUUCAACCGAAAAAUAUUCGUGAUUAAAAGUACAAAAUAGUAGUAUAACAUUACUUGUUGAUAAGAAAAGUAUAAAACAUUACUUCUCUAGCAAUAUCCAAAAUUUCUCAAGUUUUCAAGGAAAAAGUGUGUACUUUUAUUAAAAUAUAACUUCUUGGUACAAUAAACGAAAGAUUGAGAAAAUAUGUUAGUCAAGUUGGUGUUUUGGCAACAAAUUUUAGCAAAAAAAAAAAAAAAGUUGGUGUUUUGUUAAUAAUUCAUUUUGGAGUUCUUAUGCUUAACUGUCUCGACCACCGUACUAUAUAUAUCAUGAUCAAUCUUAUUAAACUAAAUGAUUGAAAAUGAUAGAUUGAGACUUUGAAUUGGUGUCGCUGAAAAUUCUUUGCUUACAUCAUUCUCUAAUGUGUCGGUCUUCAACUUAAAUUAUUCAACAGAAAUGCAAGCAAAAAGGCCUCAUAAUCUAACACUAUUAAAAGGAGAAUAACAAGCCUCCUGAACUAUGCCACCUAGGAUCAGAAAAUCAUCCAAUCAGACCACUCUUUUUUGACAUGUCAUAAUGGUUUUCAUAUGGGCUCUAUUGACACUUUCGUAUUGGUUCUAUUCAGACUAUCAUUAGGCCCAUUCCUGACAAAUCUGUUUCUUCUAGCGUCUAUAGUCUCUCCACCCCCACCCCCUCGACUCUUCCACUUCAUCUUUCUCCAAACGUCUGCCUUUUCUCUAUUACCUUCUCAAUCAAUAACGCUGUUAAAGCUAUUCUUCAAUUGUGUGAUCCAUCUCUCCUUGAUACUUCUCUUAUAUAAAGCUCUAUCUCUUAACCUAAAUCCAUCCUAAAUCAAAAAACCUCAUCUGCAAAAACUACACCCAUGGUUUGAUACUAACGUAAUCUCACCCAAAUCUCAUCGCUCUCCUCACUUAUUUUCUAACUUUUUAUAUUUAGCUUUCAAAACACAUGUGACUAGAACCGUAGCCAUUCAGUUAACCGAGCUAACCAGCUUUGUCCAGGUACAGACACGAAUCCAAACCUCCAAAACCUAGGAAGAUGAAGAAUGACUUACCCAGAAUUUAGAUCGUCUGUUAGACAAAAAUUGCAGUAAGCUCUUUUCUCGGAUCUUACAAUUGUUACAUUGAUAUUUUCUCACCGUUUGCAAUUCUCUCACAAUUACCCAGAUUGUUAUCAAUGUGAGGUCCUUUUAUAAAUCACGAUUCAAUUGAGUACGUGUGCAGCGUGUUACUAGAGCAAGAAGGAGAGCAACAGAGCAAGCGCCAGUGUAAGUGACAGGCUGAUCAAGAUGGACAGCCCCGUAAACUUCAUCCUUUCAUUACUCACAGUUGUAAAAACCCUUACAACUUUCUUUGAGAAGAAUGGUGAACUCCUCGCUCCUUCUUUCUGAUUUCAAGGUUGGGCGUUUAAGCAACUUUUUGAUUACCAUCGUGUUCAGCCAUCAAAUUUUGUGUUUGUUAAUGACAAAUUCUGAUAUUUGGAGGUUCCAGUUAAGAAAAAUAUUAAAAACUCCCAAAGAGGCUUGCUAUGGUGUCUUGAGAUUCGUCAUGGAGAGUGGAGCUAGGAGUUCGUGUUCCGUGUUGAGCUUGCUGUGGAUAACGGCAAAGAUACCGGCUAUGUUUGGUGUCUUUGAUAAGGAGAUGACAAAGCUUACCAACAAAGAAUUUGUUGUCCUUGCGCUUAAAGAGCUACCAAACGGUGGAGAGGAUGAGCUACUUCCCUUGAAGAGCUUACUGGCAAGGAGUGUGUUUCAGAUCCGUGUGACACUUUAUAACUUCACACCCAACCACCGUACCUUCAGUGUCUCGACCAUCACUGAAGAUCUCAUCAUUGACAACCAGGCCGACGUUUGUAAUCUUGCUGGUGAAUCUUUAGUUUUCCCAGCUUUUAUGUAUACAUCACUUUCAGAGGCUGCUGAGAACAUUCUUCCAAGCAGUGAAGGUGCCAGAGGAUUAACUGCAUCAUCUUCGGGCGUGGCGGUUGUGGGAAAGAAGGUAUGAAUGGAAUGUAGCGCAGCAAAUCAACAUAUUAGCCUGCAAGUAUUGAAAACACCCGCAAGCGCCACCAUAAUGAUAGGAAAUUAUUAUUCAUAUCAUCCCGUCAACCUCUGUUUCAGUGAGUAGUUUUUUAAAUUGCUAUCAUCUUUGUUUCUCAUUUAAAUUUUUUUUUUUUGCCCCUGCAAGGUUUAUCUCUUAUGUAGUUUUCUUUGUCUUUUGAAUUACUAAUGAAGCGUUAUUAACGGGUUUUCAUAAUUCAACAUAUUCUUAAUUCAUUUAAUUCGAACAUGUUCACUAACAAAUACAAAACUUGACCAUUACUAUAUUUUCAAGCGAGCUUUAUUUUAACAAGAUAGUGAAAAUGGUACGUAUGCAUCCUCAUAAGAUCACAUUUACGGAAAAAAAACCUUGUGCAUUUUAAAAGACUGGAUACUUGAUGCCCAUAUAUAUCGCUAUUUUAGAGUAAUGUAUCUUUAAUUGUUUCCUCUCACAAUCCAACUCGAAAAAUAAAAUAUAAACAUUCAUGAAAAUCACAAUUAAUAAUUAUUGAAUGAUAACUAAUAUUUUUGAAAAAUAUUGAACAUAAACAACAAAAUAUAACCUAAUAAAUUUGCUAGAAUUACCCCCCCCACCCCCCCCCCCCCAAAUAAUUGAAUGGCAUAAAUUACAUAUGUAAAGCUAUUGUAUCUAAUAAAAUAUCCACAAUUUAGUCAGCUUCUUUUUCAAUGAGUAAAUAGAUACAAUAUUGUAAAUCAAAACCUAUAGAUUAUUGACAUCUUUAAAAAUAUACAAAGUACAUUAGCAGAUACAGGAAAACGAAUGGGAGUACAUGUUAUAACCAUUUUAAAACUUAGAAAUAUACACAUUUAAAACAUGCCGCCAACGAAUUACAAUUAUUAGAAGGAUACAACGUCAAAAAAUGUGACAAAAAGUUUUAAGCAAAUAACAUCAAUCCCCUAGAUUAUAUUUGCGAAUUGAUUUUGCCAUAUGUCAAUUCUACAAUCAAUUUCACAAAACAAAUAUGACAUGGCUAUUGAAAUUGAUGACAUGUCUUAUAGCUUAAUAUGACAUGGACAAUUGCAUUGCAUUUAAUGUUAAUUUAUAUUUUUGGUAAACUUUUUAAAAUAUGAUAAUAUCUCAUAUAUUACAUUUAAUGUCAAUUUAUAUUUUUGAAUUUUUUUUAGAAUAUGGGAAUAACUCAUAAAUCAUCAUUAAAAUAAAUAUAUUCAAAUAUGGCAUUAUAAAUUUCGAAAUAUAAUUUAAUUACAUAUGUAAAGCUAUUGUAUCUAAUAAAAUAUCCACAAUUUAGUCAGCUUCUUUUUCAAUGAGUAAAUAGAUACAAUAUUGUAAAUCAAAACCUAUAGAUUAUUGACAUCUUUAAAAAUAUACAAAGUACAUUAGCAGAUACAGGAAAACGAAUGGGAGUACAUGUUAUAACCAUUUUAAAACUUAGAAAUAUACACAUUUAAAACAUGCCGCCAACGAAUUACAAUUAUUAGAAGGAUACAACGUCAAAAAAUGUGACAAAAAGUUUUAAGCAAAUAACAUCAAUCCCCUAGAUUAUAUUUGCGAAUUGAUUUUGCCAUAUGUCAAUUCUACAAUCAAUUUCACAAAACAAAUAUGACAUGGCUAUUGAAAUUGAUGACAUGUCUUAUAGCUUAAUAUGACAUGGACAAUUGCAUUGCAUUUAAUGUUAAUUUAUAUUUUUGGUAAACUUUUUAAAAUAUGAUAAUAUCUCAUAUAUUACAUUUAAUGUCAAUUUAUAUUUUUGAAUUUUUUUUUAGAAUAUGGGAAUAACUCAUAAAUCAUCAUUAAAAUAAAUAUAUUCAAAUAUGGCAUUAUAAAUUUCGAAAUAUAAUUUAAUUAUAUAUUUUUAAAUUAUAAAAUUUUAUUACUAAAAUUUUCAAAAAUUAUUAGAAGGAUACAACGUCAAAAAAUGUGACAAAAAGUUUUAAGCAAAUAACAUCAAUCCCCUAGAUUAUAUUUGCGAAUUGAUUUUGCCAUAUGUCAAUUCUACAAUCAAUUUCACAAAACAAAUAUGACAUGGCUAUUGAAAUUGAUGACAUGUCUUAUAGCUUAAUAUGACAUGGACAAUUGCAUUGCAUUUAAUGUUAAUUUAUAUUUUUGGUAAACUUUUUAAAAUAUGAUAAUAUCUCAUAUAUUACAUUUAAUGUCAAUUUAUAUUUUUGAAUUUUUUUUUAGAAUAUGGGAAUAACUCAUAAAUCAUCAUUAAAAUAAAUAUAUUCAAAUAUGGCAUUAUAAAUUUCGAAAUAUAAUUUAAUUACAUAUGUAAAGCUAUUGUAUCUAAUAAAAUAUCCACAAUUUAGUCAGCUUCUUUUUCAAUGAGUAAAUAGAUACAAUAUUGUAAAUCAAAACCUAUAGAUUAUUGACAUCUUUAAAAAUAUACAAAGUACAUUAGCAGAUACAGGAAAACGAAUGGGAGUACAUGUUAUAACCAUUUUAAAACUUAGAAAUA